CCCACACACACCGGAUACGACCGCCUCCACCAACCGAUUCCGUCCAACUCCCCACCUCGUCACCACCACCGGCCUCGCUCGAGCGCGAGGCUUCUCUCCCCGCGCGGAUUCCGCCAGCUCCCGCGCCCGAUCGCGGACCCGUCCUGCUGAGGGAGAGGUGAUGAUAAAGGAUAUUUGCUGACCAAACGUGCAGUAGUUCUUCUUAAGGAAAUAGAAAUUGGCCUCAUGUCACAUAGAAAUAUGCUCUGGACACAUCAGUCCGUUAAUCCUGAAUGGGAGCAAGGACAUGUCCAAGUUCAACCAGGAAGUUCCUAUUAUGCAGGCACAAGUGAUUCAUCCAACCUGGGCAUGCAAGUUGCUGUUGGAAUUCCAGGAAAUACAGCUAAUGUUGGUAUAUGUGAUCUGCGGAAUCAUGAGCGCCCGCAUGUUCAUAAUUCAUACCCACAUGCCAGUGUUACAUCGAGAUUUGUCUUCCCAACUACUAUGUACAACCCUAGCAUGUCAGCAGCAGCUGUCAACAUAUAUAUUCCUCAGACUCAAAGCUUUGGACUGGGCAAUGUGCUAUCACCAUCUUUACAUAAUCAUGUUUCCACAGGAACUAUUGAUGAAAGUAGCAGCAGUGUCAAUUUUGGUGAUAGUGCUAUUGGAUUCAUGAAAAGGAAAAAUGCAGUAGUUGCUGGAAAUCAUCAUUUUCUUCAUGGAUUUGCUGGCUCAAGUUCAUCUGUUCAUGCGCCUCAGAAUCCUGUGCGCGGACCAUGGAAUGCUUCAUCUCAAUCAAAUUGUUUACCCGGUUAUGCUGCUUCAAACCUACCAGAAUACCACAAUAGCAAUGGGUGGCCAUUCUUAGAAGAAUCUUCUGCAGAUGCUUCAAAUUGUUUCAGUUCUGUGGCUGCUCGCCCAGAGUUGGUACCUCAUGGUAACUAUUUAUAUCCAUCUCACAUAAGCCAGUGCAAUACAUGGGUUCCACAGGCUGCAAGUCAUGGAGUGCCACAGUGGGGAUAUAGUAAUGCCAUGGUCAAUCCUCCAGGAACCGCAGACAUGCCGAAUGGAAAUAUUCAGGAUUACCAAACUGGUCAUUCUUCUAUUCAUGGGCCACUACCUCUUUUCUGCCAGAAUCCUUUGCAUAGUAUGCAAGCACAAGCACCUCAAAUACAAGUACCCCAUCAACAGUUCGUCGGUAACAAUGUGGUGCAUGGUUUAAAUCCUUCUGCCGUUGGCCAUCCUUUAGAUCCAAGAAUUCUGGCUCUCCCAUUUAAUGCUGAGCACACUUUUGGGCAUCCAAUGCAUCCACCUCUGAUAAACCAAGCUAACAAUGGGUCUUUAAGAAUUCUGCCAUAUCAGAACGCUACAGUGAUGGAUCAUUCAAGGAUUUAUGAAGCAGGACAUGUUAUUGAUGAACAUAGAGAUAUGCGUUUAGAUGUGGAUAACAUGACUUAUGAGGAGCUUGUAGCAUUGCAAGAGCAGAUAGGUGAUGUCAAUACUGGUUUGACAGAAAGCUAUAUCCAAGAAAACUUGAGGUCCACUUUUUAUGUUCCAGGAGCAGCUAGCAUCCCUGAUCAGUUUUCUGAGCUUUCUUUGGAGAAUGAUGCGUGCAUAAUAUGCCAGGAGGAGUAUGAAGCUAAAGAACUUAUAGGAACCCUUGGAUGCGGUCACAAGUACCAUGUGAAUUGCAUAAAGCAAUGGUUGAUGAUAAAAAAUUUGUGCCCCAUAUGCAAGACAACAGCUUUGUCAUCAGAUAGAAGGAAUGGAUGAUCGUCCCCGAUAACAUUAUUACCGCGUGGCAAAUCAGCGCGAUUUUGUAUAUAGACAUGGUUGCCUUUAUUUGCCGUCCCCUUUGCUGUGGACAUAAACUGAGCUUCGAAAAACUGUACAGAUAUUUUGUAGGAUAUUUUAGAUGUUAAAUGGCACCAUGGUGUGUAAAGCUCCCAUGAUUGCCUUGGUAGAUGCCCCCUUCAUUUACAUUGUACAUUGUAUUUAUCUUUACUCUUCAAAAAAAAGAAACCCGAAAACAGUAAGUUCUGUACAUUUUGCAAUUGAAAGAACCGAAAAUUGUCCUCA